AUGUUAAGAAGUUGCUGUACUUUAUUAAUUUUAUUACUACCAUUUAUCUAUAGUCUUGAUAUUACAACAAAAAAUCCUUUUAUUAAUCAAGAUUCAACAUCAAUUCCUUUUGAUCAGUGUCCCUGUUUUAAAACUUCUUCUGGUUAUAAAUGUAUUCAAUAUGAUACUAGAUAUCAGGCAACAUCAUUAGAAGAAGCUAUAUUUGUAUUUGAUGAUUUAACAUUUGAUAAAGAUGAAGGAACACCAGAAAUUUUAUCAUCUGAAGUUAGUACUGAUUGUCAUACAGCAGAUUGUGUAAAAUGUCAAGAGGAUAUACAAAAAAGAUUAUAUGAAAUUGGAAUGAUUUCAAAUGUUACAUUACCUAUUAGUAAUAAUAGUAGUGUAAUUUGUCAAAGAUAUAGAUUUUCAAAAGACAGCUCAACCGAAUAUAAAUAUGGAGAAGAAAAAGAAAAAAAAGAAAAAGAAAGUGGUGAUUCAUCAUCUGAAGAGAAGAAAGAAGAGAAAGAAGAGAAAAAAAAAGAAAAAGAAAAAUGUAAAUGUAGAAAGGAGAGGAGGCGUUUUCGUCGUCAGGUUACACAACCUAUACCAUCUGUAAGUAAUGUUUCAAUGAUUGGCACAAGAUUUAAUUUGUCAUGCACUCAAAAAGGUAUUGAUUUAGAUGGAACCGGUGUAGUUAGUCUAUGUAAUAAAUGUUGGUCUUGGAGAAAACUACCCUCAAAUUAUUUUCCUCAAUAUGUCAAUGAACUUGUUUGUGACACAUUAAAUACAGACUGUCUAUCUGGAUUUGGUGGAUGUUCAAUAGGUACAAGAAGUAUAGAGGUUUAUAGAACAGACAUUAAUCAAACAGUAACUUUAACAGCAGGAGCAUUUUGUGAAUGUAAAGUAUUUUCAAAUAGUGCACUUUUAAGAUUAGUUAAUGGAACAUCACAAGAAGGACAAACUAUAUUAGAUACUUUGGCAGGUUAA